CAGCAGGGCGUGCGGCUCCUGGGCAAGACGUUGCGAGCCAGGGUGGACGUGAGCCAGGUCGGCUGCGGCUGCGUGGCGGGCUUCUACCUCUACGAGGGCCCGCCAGAGCCGUACUGCGACGCCAGCGGCUCUUGGCCCGGCAAGGUGGGGAGGUGCGGGGAGAUCGACCUUUUCGAGGGCAACAUGCACUCCUGGCACUCCACGCUGCACAACAAGAUGGACCACCCGGGCCAGCACGGCGGAUUCGGCGGAAUGCAGCAGGAGGACAUGACGUACGGCGUGGGCCCUCGCGACAUGCUCGGAGACCAGUACGGGCCUGGAGGCAGCAUCAUCGACACCAAGUUACCGUUCAGUGUGGCCAUCUCUUUCCCCAAGGGCCCCGAUGGCAGCCUGGUCGAUCUCAUCGUGAUGCUGCACCAGGACGGAAAAGAGCAGGCGAUCGAGUGGCGCGUGAACAAGAAGCGGGAGCGAGAGGGGAUGGAUUGCACCCGCAUGGAGACCGAUAAUUGUUUCAGCAAGCCGGGAUGCGUGUAUGGGCAGGACGACCUUAGCAAUUUCGCCGACAUGCUGUCCACGGGUAUGACCAUGCAGUCCACGUGGUGGAGCACCGACGAGCCCUGGCUCGACGGCGUCCUGGACAGCGAGGAGGGUGCUUGCAAGAUCGACCCUGGUCUGGAGGGCAAGGAGAACUACGGGACCUACAAAGUCGCCAACCGCGAAUGCGACGGGAAGCAAUACACGGUGGACGGUUGGACGCUGGAGGACGUGCAGGAACCCAGCGACGAUUGGGAGACGGUGCUGGCGGCCAUGGACGCGUCCCCGGUUGUCAGCAAGAGUUGA